UGCUUGCAGGAUUCUGGGCGCAGCGAAUCAGGUUGAGCCGAGCGAGGAUUUAAACCAAGACACGGAGGCUACAAAAAACUACACGGCAUCAGCCUCCAUUACGAGUCACAGUCUUUUUGUUGAAGCAGCGCACGUUUCGAAAUGGCUCUUCGAGUAACCAGGAACCGCUUGGCUUCUACCAGGAAUGACCUAGGUGGAAAGGCCUGCUCGGUCACCGGGCCUUCACUGAAGCCUCGAGCUGCGCUUGGAGAGAUCGGAAACAUCGCAGCCAACAAAGAAACGCAGAAAAAGACCGUCAAGACAGAGGCCACGAAGAAGACUAAAGUCACCGCCAAAGUUGAGAAAGUAGUUGCUGUUGAACCACCAAAAAAUGCGGCUCCUGUUAAACCUGAGCCAGAGGUGGAGGUUCUUCCGGAACCAGCAUCCCCCACUCCAAUGGAGACUUCAGGCUGUGAGCCCGCUGACCUCUGUCAAGCAUUUUCAGACGUCAUUCUGCACACGGCUAUCAGAGAUGUGGACGCAGAUGACUACGAGAACCCCAUGCUCUGCAGUGAAUAUGUGAAAGACAUCUACAAGUACCUUCGACAGCUUGAGGUUGAGCAGAACGUCAGACCCACUUAUCUGCAGGGCAAGGAGGUUACUGGCAACAUGCGGGCCAUUCUCAUUGACUGGCUUGUACAAGUGAACCUCAAGUUCCGUCUGCUGCAGGAGACGAUGUACAUGACUGUGGGAAUCAUCGACCGGUUUCUUCAGGACCACCCAGUCCCCAAGAAGCAGCUGCAGCUGGUUGGUGUGACCGCAAUGUUCCUUGCUUCCAAAUACGAGGAAAUGUAUCCCCCUGAGAUCUCCGACUUUGCCUAUGUUACGGACAAGGCCUACACCACCGCCCAGAUCCGAGACAUGGAGAUGACAAUCCUCCGGGUGCUAAAGUUCCAGUUGGGACGCCCUCUUCCCCUGCAGUUCCUCCGACGGGCCUCAAAGAUCUACGAGGUGACUGCUGAUCAACACACCCUGGCAAAAUACCUCCUAGAGCUGACCAUGGUCGACUAUGAGAUGGUUCACUUCCCACCUUCCAUGGUGGCAAGUGCUGCUUUGGCUCUUACCCUCAAGAUCUUAGAUGCUGGUGAAUGGGAUGUGACACUGCAGCACUACAUGGACUACACAGCAGAGAGUUUGAUUCCUGUGAUGGCGCACAUUGCCAAAAAUGUUGUAAAAGUGAACGAGGGGCUGACCAAACACAUAGCCAUUAAAGGUAAAUACUCGACUUCGAAGCAGAUGAGGAUCGCUACCAUCCCACAGCUCAAAUCUUCAGUGGUGAAGGAGCUUGCAAAGCAAGUCACCCAGUGAGAGGACUCAAUGUUUUUUAGCACCAUGUGCUGAUUUGUACAGUUUUAACUUAAACUUUUUAACAUGACCUGAAGGGUCAGCGCGCUAAGGACCAUGACAGUGGUUUGCAUGUUUAACCAACUGAGAUUGUGUUUUGGUUUUUUACUGAACAUUUCAAAGACUGUUGCAAGGUUUGCUUUCCCAUGUCAAGUCUUGGUUUUCAUGUAACACCUGCAGAUCUUGUGACAUGCUUUGCGAUGGUCAGAUGUAACAGGUGCAGUGGCCUGGUGGGGCUCUCCCUAUUUUUAUAAAAAUGGGAUCAUUUCUUAAUGUGUGAAUGUGUAAAGUAUUGCUGUACUUAAUUUUACUUGUCUCUUUUAAAUCUUCUAUUAAAUGGUUUCUGAAAAGCU